AUUACCAUUUAUACAACAUGGCUGCCUCCAUGAACAAGGAGUGUGACUGCAGUGAUUUUAUGAAAUUUCAGGAAUGUUUGAAGACUAUGCGUACUGUUGAUGAUAGGAUUAUACAUGGUUUGAACACAGCAAUACCCACCAAACUUUUUGCAAGCAAAGUAGAUGUGACAGAAACUUGUAAAGGUCUUUAUGAAGAGAUUAUUCAAUCACAUCAGGCUAGAGAGAGGGCUAUAAGGAAAUGUGUAACAGAAUCAGGAGAUAUAGUCAUGGAACUGAGUAAGCAACGUGAUAACGAUAUGGACAAUAUUGAGUUGCUGAAAGAUCUACGGACAGCACAAACAAAGUUGCGGCUAAUGAAAUCCGAAUUCUAUGUAGAUGAAAUUGUGAAUGACAGAACGUUUAAAGCUUUUUAUGAGCGGUGUGGAACAGCGCUCAAAUUUCCAAAUAAGCCUAGAUUGUGAAGACUGAUCAAUAGACAAUGACAGUGUGUGCGAGGCUUUUUAUUUGCUGGAUGAGUGAUUGAAAGAUAGUUUUUUUAGUAACAAUCAAAGUUAUUAUAAAAAUGACAAUCUGAUUAUAUUCAUCUGUUACAUGGCUUCAUUAACUUCUUAUGUUUAACAGAUGAUUUUAAUCACAUUGUGAAAAUGAUAAUGUGUUUAGGGAACAGAAAAUAUGUCAAAUCAUGUGUAAUAACUCUCUUUGCUUUACAUGGCCCCAAUGAAGACAAAGUGUAUUUCGGGGGGAACAAACUGCCAGACAGAAUCGUAAUAGUUUGCAUAAUGCAAUAUAUCAAUAACAAAUUGCUAUAUUAUUUGUACUGGUACAUUUCCUUAAAGAAAAUGGUUAACCAAUCUUUUAAAACCAAAAUUCAUAAAAUAUAUAAUGGGUGUGAUGUCAUAAAUGAAAGAGGUAUUGAUUGUAACAAGAGUAACCUCCCUUGCUGUUCAUGGUGAAUAGCAUUAUAAAAUUGAGAACAAAAAUAUUCUCAUGAAUGUAUUUUUUUUAAUUUACCAAUACACGUUGUUUUAUGAAACAUGUUUAAGGUAGAGUGUGCGGCCAACUUUCACAGUAACACAGGCCUUAAAACUUGCAUUAAUGUACAUUCAUAGAUUGUCUUUACAGCAAGUUUUAAUAUUUUGAAAUUAUCCCAAGAUGAAGAAAAAAUGAACAUUACAAAUACCAUGACCUGUUGCCAGUGGUUAUGUUCUUUGCUUUAUAAUCACGAGGCUCAGCUAUCAAGUCCUCAUAGGAAGAUGUUUUUGAAGAAAUGGAAUGUAUAUUCGAUAUAUUUCUUAAAACAUUAUUCUUUGCUGUAAUUGCUCAACGAACUUAAAGUGGGGAAAUGCAGAAUAGAUUGAAUCACUUCUUCAUUGGAAAUACAACACAACGCACUGGGACACUCUACCUUAAAACUUUGUCUGGCUGAUUACUCAAUUGUACAUCAUUAUCUGCUGCAAGUAAAGAGGAACAUACACUUCUGAUGUGGUAGUUCUGUUGAAGGUUGAGUAUUGGUAUUUCUGUGUGGCAGUUGGUGUAGGUAAUACCUAUAUUAAAUUGAUUUCUAUUGUAAUUA